GGACGGACGACGACGGGACGGGACGACGCGGGUCGCCUCGGGGCCCAAGCGCCCGCGCCCGCCCGCGGCGGCCCCUCUCCCGCGGCCGCGGCUGCCGCGCAGGCCCGGGCGAGCGCGACGCGCCUGGCGAGGGGCCCAGGCGCUGAGGGGCAGAGCGGGGCCCAGCUCGUCCCGCGUCUUUCCCCGCCGGGCAGCCUGGUCUGGGCCGCGUGGGGACGGCCUCGGGCCUCGCGUGGGGCGGGCUGGCCGGUUCCUGCCCCGGCCCGGCGCCCCGGGGGCGGCUGAGCUGCGUGCCGGCGCUUGGCGCCAAAGGUGCCCUGAGGAGAGGCAGCUUCGGUGGGAGGGGAGCGCUUCCCUCCUCUGCGGUGUCCCUCACCCGGAAUCUGUAACCCUUGCUCUGCACUCUUAAUAAAGCGUAUGACGGGAGCGUAGCAUAAACGCGGGAUACGAUGUGUUAGUUCGGACUGUGGUUUUUCUUUUCUCUCCUGGUAGUCGAGGUAGUUUCUGUCGGUGAGACGCUGUCUGAUAGCACGUCGGUGAAAUCCCCUGAAGGAAGUCGUCUGUGCUUAGAGUUUUUAACUUAAAGCAGUUGUAUGUUUGUCCUUUAACCUGCUUACUAAGGUAGCUUUUAUUGAACGGCAAAUGCUGCAUAUUAGAGUUAAAUGUGCUAAAAAUUGUGAAUGCCCACCUUGGAGUACUUUAAUGAUUUUUUAAAAUUAUUCACGAUUUCUGAAGUGUUAGUAAGAGUAAGCAGUUGGGUUGGAGUGUGUAUGCACACAGAAAUACCCGUAAGGGUACAUAAAUCUGCUGUGUAAAUAAGAGUGUACACGGCAGAUCAGCAUACACUAGGCAUAGAGUCUUGUUCGUGACCUGCUUUCUUUGCUGAAAGCAGUUUGUUUUCUAGGUUUUUUGAGGCCUAUGUGCCAGACAGAAACUGUCAAGGAAGAUCCCUCAUAAUAAAACAGAUGCUUUAAUUAGAGGGGCUGGUGACUUUUGUUUGAGGAUAUUUUCAAGUUUCAAUUAACCUGAGACAUACUCUUAAGGCUGCAGUACAGUUCAAAGGCUACGUCACAAGCCCUUGGAUUCUUCAUGUCAAUCAUAGCUGCGGUAAUGUGACCUUUUUGGAAUCUAGUGCCAAACUUACCUGUGAAAGGUUUGUAGCUUAUUGGCAGUGCCAACCCAAGUCUUGGUUGGUGCCAAUGGUUCCCCCUUGUUGCAUAAUAAUAUUUUUUAAAUGUUGCAUUUUGUUGCAGAUAAUGGCCAAAUCUGCGCUCUCCUUUUUCAGGAUAAGACUUUCCUACCAUCUGCAUUAUUUAAUGGAGUUACAUGGAUGAUUGGUGCUAAUUUAAAUUAAUGUAUGCACCUAAUUGGUGAACAGACCUGCAUAAAUACAGGCUUGACUAUCUUAAAAACUAAGCUAUUCAACAAUAUGUUUGCUUUUCUGAUCUCUUUUCUCAGAUCAGAUAUUUUUCAUCUGAUGCAUACUUAGUCCAACAUGAAGGUCAUGUUGCUGUUUAAACAAACUAGAGAGAAUUUAGUUAUGAACACAACACAGUCAUAGAGGAAAGCUGAAAGCACUGGAAUUAAAGCUGACUGCUAUCAGUAUAUUAGUGUAAUUUUCAUUAUCGUAAUAGAAGUGUGGAUAUUCUAAGCCUAUGAUUAUUUAUAUUGAGAAUUGAAGUAUGACAUGUGAAAUCAUUGUCAAAACACGUUUGGAAGGCUAUGAUUCCCUCAGGAAACAAUACAGGAACUUUUUGAGUUUAUCCCAUGUAAGUCACUGUAAUCACUAUUGCAUGAUAUAUAUGGUAAAAUCAUACCAAAGUUUUCAAGAGAUGCUAGCACAUGGAAAUACACCUAGGUUUAAUGCAGACCUUCUGGUUCCUUUAAAAAGUUACAAAACUAAUUGAAAUAAAAAACUUUUUGAAGAGUUGUUCUGAGUUCAAGUAUUGUGCUGUUAUAUCAGGAUAUAAAAAAGAUUAAAAAAACAAAGCAAGUUGAUCCUAUUAUUUCAGUUCUAUUAAUGAUCAGAGCUGAGUGCUUGAUUAAAGAUUUAAAUAGUUUUUGCUAACUAUUUGUACUUCAAAAUAUUCUUGACCUUGAUAUGGAUAGGCAUAUAAAAUUAGUUAGGAAUUACGAUUCUAAAUUUCUAGCGAUACUGUGCAAUGUUGAAAUUGGUAGGAUGAUAGCGUUUCUGAAGACCAGGUCUGGCAAAGCAGGUUGAUUUUUUUGAAAUAGUGGAAAGAAAAAGACAUUCUGAAAAGGGCAUUCUUUUUCCAGAUGUAAUGGGUGUGAGAGAUGAUGGGUCUCAAGCUAUCUUCCAAGCACAAUUCUGCCGCAUGUCACUUCAGUAGAGAAACCUAUUUAAUUAGCAUUUUAUGGAACUUCGUCCUGGGGUUUUUAGGAGUGGUUGGAAAUCCUUAUCACAGAUACAGUGUAUAUUGAUUCAGUUUCCCUUCUGGUAAAUUGCACUGCUGCAGUCCAUGCUCUUCUAGUGUAAGUAUGUCUCUUUUAGGAGCAUACCUUGGUUAGAAAUACACUGGUGGCUGUGACUUCUCAAUGUUAGCACAUGUUCUGCAACAACUGUUUUGUGCCUGUUGAUUUUGGCUAGCUGAUGUUCACCACUGCAGUGGUAGAAGGGGAAUAAGGUUGGGUCCGGGAUCCUUGGGGCAGGACAGCAGUCUGAAAGGUGCUGCAAUAUUUUAAGCGAAACCUAGUCUUCUUCCUUUGGACUGCAGACUCGGCUGCUCUGUUGUCCGUAGGCUGUGGUGUGGUACCCCAGGCUUCCCAAGCUGUGUGUUUUUUCAGCUCCUCUCCCUCCCCACAGAGCCCUUUUCACACACAGUUCCACCUAAACUCUGGUCAAGUGCUGUUAUAUACCCCUCUGGUAACAGCAUGAUGUUCAGAGUUUUAUAGAACGUAUAAAAACUUAAAUCUAAGAUGGAUACAAAAAAGCAGCAUGAUUUCCUAUUGAACAGAAGUAAAAUAUACUUCUGUAUAUAAUAGAAUUUGCAAUAAUAAUUUGAUGUAAGUUUUAAUUACCAGUUAAUUGUGGCAUCUGGCUAAUGAUACUGUACAGAAUGCAUUGCAAUAAUGAAAUGUGGAAGUUCAGGAGGUGGUUAAUACAAAGAAGUCCAAACCCAGCGGAAGCUCUUCCAUCUUUACUCAAUUGUAGACAAAACCCUCUGUUCCCACAGUUGUGUAGGAGCUGUUAGAAGUCCAAAAACAUAGAUUGCCAUAAGAAUAAUUAUAACAGUCUCAGAACUUUAUUUCAGAGCCAGUGAUGUUUUUAUCGUCUGAAAGAAUCCUCAUAUAAAGCAUUACCCAGCUGUCGUGCUAGCCAAGCUUGGUAGAAAUGACACUGUUACUGAAGAGUAUUCUCUAACACAGUUCAGUAGAGUUGGUUUGUGACACUACAUGAAGCAGCAGCAGUACUUAACUAAGAGUGCUGCUUUGAAAUGGAAAUCUCAUUUCAGUUUUAAAUAUAUUUUAUUGUACUGUGUAUAGAACUUUGCUUUUGAUAGUAUCACUGCUUAUUGUAGUGUUACUAAAUGAUCUCAAGAGAGCAGCUGAAGAAUUUUUCCAGAAAGGGAAGAAAGGGAAAUUCUGACACUGCAGACCCUUCUCGGUAUGUCUCAGUACUAGCAGUGGGAGAGUAUGGGGGGAAGUGUGGGGCAUGUUAUUACUCAAGGGUUUCCUGACCUUGCAUUACUGGUCCUUGGAAUGAUCUGCCAAGUAGAAAUCAGCUACUCUUGAGAAACUUUGUGAAUGCUAGUAUUCAUUGGUUGAAAGUGACUAAAUGUGCAUGAGUUUUGUUGGAAAGGCCUCUUCAGUUACUGUUGUUAGUGUAUUAGUGACAUACAACGUGUUUUUAAUCUUUGAGUUCAACAGUAUAAUUUUGCUAGGUUUUUAACUUUCUUCCACUAGAUGGCCCAAGCAUGCUUUCAAGUACCCUAUGAGAACUGAAACUUUUACUUCACUUCUAAAAUAAAUUCAUGUUGUUUUAACUGAAGUUAAAAUUCUACAUCAUGAAACAUAUGUAAACUUCUGUGAUGCUUUGUGCUUCUUUAAAAUACAAACACUUUAUAUCAACCAAGAGAGUGUUGGUUAAUGCAAGUAAUAUGUGGUAAUGAAGGUUACGUCACGUGUGAUCUUCCAUGUCCCUCUUUUUCCUUGAUUAGAACAUUCCUUAUUGAGUGUAGUACAAAGCUGUUCAGUUUUGCAUUGAGAUGAGAACUGAUGUACUGUCACUCUGACAGUGUGUUCAACAGUAGUGGUUCAGAGAGACUCUGAAAAGGUGUUGAUCUCAGGCUGAAGUUUGUCCCUAAAUCUCCUGGGAGUGAGCCUUGUAUUUUGCAGGCCACCAUAACUGAUUUUUUUUUUCUUUUUGCUGCUUGAUUUUGCUGCAUAGGGUGUUGGUAACAACUUUGCAGUUUAUUUCACCAGUAUAAACGUGGUCAGUGGCUUCUGAAUAGGUGUAGUUUUUAAAUGUACGGACUGUAAUUUAAUUCACCUAUUUUUGUUUAACACAUAAAGUAUAAGUUUGUUAUCAAGGCUGUCUUUUUGGUUAGUGGAGAAAGACAGGUAUACACAGAAGGCAGCUCUUACUGUGAGGGUGGUUGGACACCGGAAUGAGGUUGACGAAGUGGUGGGAUGUUCAUCCACAGAGACAUUCAAAACUCAACAGGACCAAGCCCUGUGCAGCCUGAGUCUGUUCGGCCAGCUCUGACUGGGAUAUUGAACUAGGUGACCUUGAGAGGUCCCCUCCAGCCUCAAAUAUUUUGUAAUUCCAAAUGGAGACUUUAUUAGUUCCUUUUCUCUACCGGUGUUUAAAACAAAAAUAAAUACAAGGAAAAUGAAUUUUUGUCUUUCUGAAUUAGUUACUAACUUCAGUAUUUUGCAUUAAGUUCCAGCUUUCCUUUUGAUUCUGAGGACCAUGAUGUGGUGUUAUUAGACCACCAGAAAAAAGUGUGUGUGUCUGCAUGUGCUCUUUUCCUUCUUAAAUUGCACACCCCCCGCCAUGCCGCCAAAAAACCCCAAACAGGUGCAAUAUAGAGGGAGUGCUAUAUUCCUUCAUUUCAGUGCUGCACUUGCCAAAUGCCCUCUCUGUCCUAUUACUGUUUUAUAUCAUUACUCCUAGUAUCUCCCUUUAACAGGGAUAGUAGAUUUUCUUAUAUUCCCGUUUCUCUUUUGCUCGUUCUCUUUUUAUGGAAGAGAGUCGGCUGUUGUCCCUUCCUCUGCAUCUGACUCUGUGCUCCUUUUUUCCUUCCUUUUCCCAUUGUCAGUAUUUGUCCUGUCCUGCCACCUUCCUGCUCCUCUUCCCUUUUCUGGCUGGAGACAAAUCAACAUGUCCAUGUGUAUUAGAAGGAUGGACAUAAAUGGAGUAUUAUUUUGGUGAAGGGGAUAUUGCUGCCUGCAGUCAGUUCUGUAGACAAAGAGGUAAUCUGCUCCAGUUCAUGGCUCUACUGAUACAUGUUGGAGUUCUGCAUUUGCAGUAUUUCUGUCUUCCUUUCUAAUUUCUUCCCAAGUCAAUAGCUUUCAGCUUAUUGAGCAACAUACCACAAAAAUUUUGCCAGUUGAGCCAGGUGCAGAGAACUUUCUAAAUAUGUUUGUUUUGUGAUAGAAGUGUAUGUUUAAUGGGAUUUCUUUCUGAACUGAUAUACUCUAACUUUGUGUAGGAAAUUGUGUGCAUGGCAUUGCAACUGCUGUUACUAGUAAUACAGGCUUAACUUUGCUUGUGACUGGAAACUAAAUUGGUGAAAGUAAUUCCAUUCUUACCAUCCUGGUAGUGGAAAACAUAGGUAUAGGACUAAAACGCUGAUGAUAUAUUUUGGGUAGUAGUGUGAGUUAUGGUUUAGUUCUAAAUUUUCUUUUUACUGAACAAAUUUAAUAGCACGUAUGAAAUAGAGUGGGUUUAAAAAUAUGUUAUACUAGGAAAUCUUUGAUGCAACAGAAACAUAGAUAGGUGUAAUUUGUCUACAUAUAGUUUUGCAUGCUCUGUAUUAUAUGGAACUUUAAGUGCUGUAAAAGGGACAUAAUCUAAAGAUGAUGUGAAAGUUUUUCAGCUAGUAUCUUGGUCACAUCUCAAUCAAAAUUUUGCAUUUAACAUAUUGUUAGUAACUGUAGACAGUUGAAGCAGAUAGUAGUGUUUGUUUUCAGGCAGACACUUUAGUUCAUAUAUCUGAUGCAUGUAGUACAGUAAUAUAUGGUUAUUGCAUUGUUUUGUAGCUAGGAAGACAAAUUAUAUUUUAGGGUGAACAAAAUGAAGUAAUACUGAUGGACAGACAAGAUGUCAGAACGGUGUUGUGUUUCAUAUCUAUCUAAAUGUGUUUACAUAGUGGUACCUCUUAAAUACGUGUAGGCAUUUUGGAUAAGUGAAUGUAGUGCCUUUGGGUGUGUGACAUAGCAGCCAUGAUGUAGUACCAUUUGAAAGCUGGACAAAGCUACAGAAGGUUGCGGUAUCAGAUGUCACUAGUAGAUUUGGGAAAGAAACUUUUAGAAGCUGCACGAGCAGGUCAAGAUGACGAAGUUCGCAUUUUGAUGGCCAAUGGAGCACCUUUUACCACAGAUUGGUUGGGAACAUCUCCACUUCAUCUAGCAGCACAGUAUGGACACUACUCAACAACAGAAGUGUUGCUGCGAGCAGGUGUAAGUCGGGAUGCUAGAACCAAAGUGGACAGAACUCCAUUACAUAUGGCAGCAUCAGAAGGCCAUGCCAGCAUAGUAGAAGUCUUACUUAAGCAUGGUGCUGAUGUCAAUGCGAAGGACAUGCUCAAAAUGACUGCGCUUCACUGGGCUACUGAACAUAACCACCAAGAAGUUGUAGAACUCUUAAUAAAGUAUGGAGCAGAUGUUCAUGCUCAGAGUAAAUUUUGCAAAACGGCAUUAGAUAUUGCAGUAGACAAUGGAAAUGAAGACCUUGCAGAAAUAUUACAGAUUGCAAUGCAGAACCAAAUCAAUACGAAUCCAGAGAGUCCGGACACUGUGACGAUACAUGCAGCAACACCACAGUUCAUCAUUGGACCUGGAGGGGUGGUGAACCUAACAGGUCUGGUAUCUUCUGCAAAUACAUCAAAUGGAACAGAUGAAACAGGAGUGUCUGCUGUACAGUUUGGAAAUUCAUCAACAUCAGUAUUAGCCACAUUGGCAGCUUUAGCAGAAGCAUCAGCUCCACUGUCUAAUUCUUCAGAAACACCAGUUGUGGCCACAGAAGAAGUUGUGACUGCAGAAUCUGUGGAUGGUGCUAUUCAGCAAGUUGUCAGUUCUGGAGGUCAGCAAGUUAUUACUAUAGUUACAGAUGGCAUUCAACUUGGUAAUCUGCAUUCAAUUCCAACCAGUGGAAUAGGGCAACCAAUCAUUGUGACCAUGCCAGAUGGGCAGCAAGUAUUAACAGUUCCAGCAACAGACAUUGCUGAAGAAACUGUGAUAAGUGAAGAACCGCCAGUGAAGAGACAGUGCAUUGAGAUUGUUGAAAAUCGUGUGGAGUCUGCAGAAAUAGAAGAAAGAGAAACUCUUCAGAAACAGCUGGAUGAGGCAAACAGAGAAGCACAAAAAUAUCGUCAGCAGCUUCUAAAGAAAGAACAAGAAGCAGAGGCCUAUCGGCAGAAGUUAGAGGCAAUGAACCGCCUCCAGACUAAUAAAGAAGCUGUUUAAUAAAAAAUGAACAUACUGCAAAGCCUGUUACUUGCAAAAACCUGCAGUACAAUCUUGAACUGUACGCUAUAUAGGUACAGACACAGGAUUACAUGAUAGAGAAGAUGCUACAAGUUGAUAACUGGACUUAAGCCGUGAGCUCUGAUGAAUUUCUUGUAACAUAAAAACUCUGAAUUUAGAAAUUGUGAAAAGUAUUUAAAAUGAAAUACUGUAAAUAGUUGUUUUUUUUACAGUCUCAAAAUGAGUUGAUAAAUCUUUUUGAAGGGAUCCAGAAACACGAGAAGCCAAUGUUUUUGUGAAAUUUUUGAUUUUAGUAUGAAACUAACUUCUGAAAAACAGAACAGUUUUAAGGGUGAUGUUGUUGAUUUAAGCUGACAACUUGAAAAUGAAUUAUGUGACAAAAUGAAUUAACAGUUAUUUCUACAUAGUAACAACUUAAACUUCUCUGCAUAAGACAUUUCCAGGUGGAAAUCUUUGUACAGCUUUAAGUAGUUGUCUCAGAUUCUCUGAAAACCAUUUUUGGUUUUUUUUUAUUUUAGGUGGUGAAAUUUUUAUAUUUAAUUUCAGAUAUAUCCAAGUAGAUUUACAUGUAUAUGAAGCUAAUAUUUUUUAAACUUUUCAGUUUGUACAUAUGCUGCAUGUUUUUAUAAUUUCUACACAUACAUCUUGCAUAGGUAUUUUUCAGCAAAGAUGAGAAAAAUUAUGAGGAAAACGUUUAGCCUAUAGGUCAUUUGAAGUAAGCUAGCAGCCAGUUUUAUUGUGGAUGGUAUAUUUCUUGGAAGAAUGUAAUUUGUAAUUAAAAAGAACAAAACAAAACAAAAAAAUCUUAAUUUACACAUUAGAGGCAAUUUAAAAUUUGGUAGUGGAGGCAUUGAAACUUCACUUUGUGUGUCUUACAAUUUUCCUGUACAAACAUUUUAAAGUUCAGUAAUGAAUAGAAAAGAAUGUCUCCACUGGAACACAAAUACUAGUUCUUUUAGAAUAUUCCUAUUGAUCUAUUUUCCCCAGUAGCCUUGAAAUUAUUUCAGUGAUACAUUUUUUCUAAACGGACUUUUGCAUUUUAAUUAUGCAAUUGGACAAGUAAUUUUUUUAUGUUGUAGUGAUGCUGCUCUUACCUAGCAUCAUUGUUCUUCACUGUGAUACUGUGUUUGUGUGUGUCUGUGCAGUGAUCUAUUACGCUUAGGAUUUAUAUAGCACGUUACAUCUUCAGAGCAUUGUAGAAUCUUUAAAAAAAAACCCUUACUGUACUGCCUGAGGCAGGUAAGUGAGUGUUAUUGUCUCAAUUUUAUAACUGGUAUAAGUGCAACACAGGGAGUGCUAAAUGACUGGCCCAAGACCACGUGAAUCUGUGGUGGACCUGGGAACAGAUCUCAGGAGUUCCUGGCUUCUAGUCCUGUGCUUAGACUGAGCUGCCUUAAGAUUGUUCAGUGCUGUGUUACAUUAAAUUUGCAACUACUGUGCAGAUUCCUUUUUUGUAAGAUAAAACUGUGCUUUGCUUUGUUGUUCCAUGUUUCACUGCUUUUAUGGAAUUGUUUAUAUAAACUUAAGCAAAAAGUCUAGUUUACCUAUACUGUACACAGACGAAUUACCCUUAAAACUGUACUCUGGCCUACUUUUUCUAUUUUACAAUUAAAUAUCUUUUCCACAUA